AGAUUUCUCUUCAUAAAGAGCCAGACACCAAGGACGGAAAAGGUUUCAACAUUUGCUUCAGACUAAAUUUGUAUUCACUUCCACCGCCCAGUGAUGGAUUCACAAAGCGGCCCAUACCUGAACAUGCGGGCGCUCCUCUCACCUCUGGGCGCUGCCCGCCUUUGCCAGCUGGCAAUGGGUUGUGCCGCGAUCGCCAUGGUGAUCCACGCCGCGGGGUACAGCGGUUCCCACGGCGUGUUCUGCAUGGCCGUGUGGUGCUUCUGCUUUGCCAUGUCAGUGGUGGUCUUCUUCUUGGAUGCCACGCGUCUCUACAGCUGUCUGCCGGUUUCCUGGGACAAUCUCACCGUCACGUGUGCAGCCUUUGCCACGCUCGUGUAUGUGACAGCGUCGGUGGUCUACCCCCUCUUCUUCGUCCGGUCCGAGUGUCCUUACGCCGGCUGUGACGUCCGCAAUUUUCGCAUCGCGGUCACUGUCUGCUCCAUCCUCGGGACUCUGGCCUACGGGGCCGAGGUGGCCCUGUGCCGAGCCAGACCGGGUCAAGCCGUGGCGGGUUACAUGGCAACGGUCUCCGGCCUCCUCAAAGUGGUCCAAGGCUUUGUGGCCUGCGUCAUCUUUGGCGCCCUGGCUAACGGGAGCCAGUAUUACCUCUACGCCGCCACGAUCUAUUGCGUGGUCGUCUACGCUUUCUGCUUUACUCUGACUGCGUUGGUGGUCAUCAUGUCGGUGUGCGGGCGCACCAAGACGGUGCGCUGCAUGCCCUUUGAUCGCUUCGUGGUGGUGUGCACCCUGCUGGAGGUGCUGCUCUACCUGAGCGCAUCAGUGGUGUGGCCCGUGUUCUGCUUCGACACCAAAUACGGUUCACCCUGGCGACCGUCCUCAUGUCCUCAAGGGAAAUGCCCAUGGGACAGCAAAGUGGUGGUGGCCGUUUUCUCCUUUGUCAACUUGGCGCUCUAUGUGGCCGACCUCGUCUACUCGCAGAGGAUACGAUUUGUCUCUUCACAUUUGGCCAACGCCCCACGUCGGCCGUAACACUCGGGGAGUCGGGAGGUGGUACGGAACAUUUUGAAUUAAUUUUUUAAAAAUCUUUUUGCAGAAUGGUUUGUUGUUAAAAAACAUUUUUACUGUACAACUAUGGUCAUUUACAGAAAAAGCAAACAUUUGAAAAGGCAACUCAAAAUUUUUGGAACUAUUACCGUUAUUCGGGGUUGUCACCAAGGAGUUUGGCCCUUCAAAUGGCGCACAUUAAAACAUCUCUUUUUUAGGUCCCCUGUCUGUCAUGGGCACUUAAAAUUGUCAUCAUCAAGCUCAGAUCUAAAGCAGAGGUCCCCAACCACCGGUACAGCAGAAUUAC